AUGAAGCCCCAAAGUGAUGUCGACACGACAAAGCAUGUCUAUGUUGGCAGGACAAGUCCCUGUCGGCGGCUCAUUAAUGGCGCUGCCGUGCCGCAGGUGUUGAAUUCAGUGCAUACCACGACAUAUCGAAGUACAAUUACUCCGGUUGCUUGGCAAAGCCUGGGCGCCACCCCUGUUCAGGGACACAAGGUGCUGCAAUUUACGGAGCCGGUGGUACCUCGGAGCGAGCCGGCGGGAUAUCGGGAGCUUCCUGCGACUUCAGUGGCUGAGGCCUUCCGUAUACCCACGCCAACCUUCCAGACGAGACCUCAGUCGCCGCAGCCAACUCUGCGACCGCUGGCGCCAGCGGAGAACGGAGCAAACGGAGCCGAUGGAGCUCCGCAGGCUGCUGGUGUCGCACGCGAUGAGUCCCCAAGGCACACCUACCAGUCGACAAAGGUGACAUUCGUGUAUCCUCCAGUCCGCUUGGAGCCAACGACGGCAAUGACAGCCCAAACCGGUGGAUCAGCUUGUGGGUCCACCACACCUCGGUUGACCCCGCGCUUUGUUUCUGGUGCAGGGUCUGUACCGGUGCCUCCUUUGGCAGCAACAAUCCUGACACCGCCGGUUCCCAGCGCUCCAAGCAAUGUUAAGGCUGCGCAAGCCGCGACAGCCCCAGCUCCGCCUGCUCCGCCCUGUGUGGUGGCAGUCACAACAAGGCUUACACCGAGAUCACCAGUCACGCUGCCGGCCAAGCUGGUCUCCAUCAGCCGAAGCCCCGCGCCUUGCGUUCUGCGAUCUGAUGCUCGGCGAGCUGAGGUGACACUGGAUAGCCCCAGACCACCAUCGCCGCGGGUGGUCCGGACAAGAGUGACAUUGGACAGCCCCAGGCCACCCUCGCCACGGGUACGGACGAGAGUCUCCUCACCUCACUCCGUCACCACACGUCGCGACUCGUCACCCUUGGCGGCACGGACUUCGGCGCUGGAGGAGCGCCUGAAGGAGUUGGAGCGACGACUGGACGCCAAGGAGACGGAGUGCAAGAUGCUGGAGCAUCACUUGACGGAGGUGCGGGGAUGUUUGGAGGAGCAGCGAGAGCGCGGAGCUCGGGAUCUGGAGCAGCGAGAUCUCCACAUCCAGGAGCUCAGCCGUCGCAACAACGAUCUCAUCAGGGAAGCACAAGGCAUGUACCAGGUGGUCCAAUCUACCGUGGACGAUCCAGCGAUGGAUGAAGAGACCGCUCCCAAGGACAUCAAUUUACAUGAUGAGGAGUCAGAAGUCCCAGCAGCUGGAGGUGGCUCCUCGCGCCAGCGUGCAGGACGGCCGGGCUCGGAGGCCUCGCAGCUGGAGCGGGACUUGCCAACUCUUGCCGCAUUGAGGCAGAGGCUAUACCCCAAGCGGAGUGCGCAGACGCAACAGGAGUCGGCGGCCGAUGCUGCCAGCCUCGAGCGAAGUUCCGAGAGGUCGGCCCGGCCGACGCCGCGGCCCAGCACCGGCCGAGGGCGACAGCGAGAAGAGUUGGGAUCUGAAAAGCCCCGAGGUGCCUCAGAUCAACAGACUCCGAAACGGCGCAUGACCUGA